ACGCCAAAAGUUUAAUGCCUGUGCUUGCUUGGCGACAGGCCUUGGCUCUCCUUAUCGCCGAGAGAUUUCACCUCAUCUCGUCAUUCGCGCCGCACAUGCAAAGAUACAAACUCAGUCCGCCACCGAUUUGUGAGGGCCGCGUUUCAACACUCGCCUUACCUUACGGGCCAUGAUCCCGCACACAUAACCAGCAAGCAACCAUGGCGCACCACGGCGACGGGGUCAACCCCCUCCGACCAUACUACAUUCCGCCGACGAUUGGGGAGCCGCCCGAGCCGCUACCUACCCCCGGACCGAAUGCCUUUGCGCAGGGCAAUGCCUCGGGCAUGUACGCGUCCAAGGCACGCGACAUGUUCUCCGACAUUGACUACAAGGAGUUCCUCGCCGAGCCUUCGCCGUCGGUCGUGCAGACGGUCAAGGAAUUUUUGGACGAGCUGUUGUGGAAGUACACGUCGACCCUGAUGGCGCAGCCCUUCGAGGUGGCCAAAACCAUUAUGCAAGUAAGGUCUCAGGACGAUUUAGGAAGUCUAGCUGCCGCAGGGCUGCCCGUGACGCCAGCUCCAGAAGAGAUAAGGCAGCGGCGUCCUAGCCAGCAGAUUCCCGUUCAUUACGAGACCGAAGGUUCAGACUCCGAUUCCGACCUCGACGAGCUCGCAUAUUUUGGCGCAAGCCACCACCAUCACCACCCAAGUACGCCGUCGCCGUCCCUCCGUCGCUCUCAACAAAGACCGCAGCAGCCGAGCCCACUGCCGUCACCACGGUUUCCCCCCAAGCCCAUUCCAGCGCACCACCUAGUUAUUCGCACGCCUGACUCAGUGUUGGAGGUGAUUGGGCAACUUUGGCAAAAGGAAGGCGCCUGGGGCGUAUGGAAAGGAACCAACGCAACCUUUGUUUACCAUGUCCUGCAAUCGCUGCUUGAGAACUGGUCCCGGAGUCUCCUCAGCGCCCUCUUCAACGUACCAGACCUGGGUUGGAAGAACGACUUGGAUCGGCUGGUCGACGUUGCAUCUCCGUAUCCAUGGGCCUCACUCUGCGUUGCCGCCACGGCAGCUGUCAUGACGGGUCUGGUUCUCGCCCCCUUGGAUCUCGUUCGCACUCGUCUCAUUAUCACAUCCACGGCACGAGGCUCUCGGCGGAGCCUAUCUGCCCUUCGAAACCUCCCGUCCUAUUUCUGCUCUUCAGGCCUCGUCAUUCCUACUAUUCUACACUCUCUUGUCCAUCCAGUCCUCACACUUUCGACGCCCCUUGCUCUGAGGAGUUACUUCAUGGUUGAGAAAGAACAGUCGCCGACGGCGUUCUCGAUCGGAAAAUUCUGCUCUUCGACCGCUGCCCUCUUCUUCAAGCUACCGCUAGAAACCGUGCUUCGGCGAGGGCAGGUAGCCGUGCUUAGUUCACCCCAGUACGUCCAAGCUUUCGAAGUCUCGCAACCCAGCAAGGGGAGGAGAGUUGGUGGGGAGCAGCUAGAAGCCAUCGUUCCUCUUGGGUCUUACAACGGCCUGUUCGGCACCAUGUACACAAUCACAAACGAAGAAGGGUCGCGGCCCGUCCCUUCGCCAGUCUCGCGGGCCAGGGUGCCGCCGGCUAAGAGGGGCAAGCCCACGAUUUCCGAGACUGUCUACCGGCAAGGACAGGGGCUGGACGGCCUCUGGCGUGGCUGGAAGGUGAGCUGGUGGGGCUUGGUUGGUCUCUGGACAGCUACAGUCCUUGGUGACAGAGGGGAUGGCGAGUUCUAGGCGCUCCCGUAAAGUCCGCAUUUAAAGCGUAAAGGUAGGAUGCCGUAUCCUGGUGGUAUCUGUCCGCCUUUGACAGGCAAUAACCUUUUUUUCUCUUGGCGUCGGACUGGUUAGUUUUGUUGUAUGUAUGUAUACUUGUGUCUGUGUGGGUGUGGUGUGUAGUGGUUGGCAAAUGAUUCCCCGCUCACGAAUGGUAUGAUAUCCCGGCUUCAUCUUCAUUAUUUCUGGGCUUUAUGAUAUUACCAAUCAGCCCAUGUGUGUUCUCGGAUAAUAAAAUAGAUUAUAUACUAGGAGAGGAGGACAAUAUCAGUUGGUUAUUU